AUGGUGGUUCAGCGCGACCGUACCAAUGAACUAUACGCCCUGUUCGAGGGCAUGAAGAGUGCCGGCGGUGGGGAGAUGCAAAGCGCCUCAUCCACCGCCCUCAUCGCAGCUGAAGGAGUCCCGCUGCAACGGCAUACAGGCUUACAUUCCAGCAGUGAGAUGCAACUCUUUAACCGAUUUGCCCAGGCGUUUUCCGCGGAUCUUGCAAAGGUGUCGGAGUCAAUCAUGCGGCUGACGCGGCUUACCCAGCGACAAAGCGUCUUUGAGGACCAGUCGUCAGAGAUCACCGGCCUCACACAAAUGGUAAAAUCGUCGUUGCAGCGGCUUCAAACGGAUUUGGAGACACUAGAAGAGCUCAAGCAACGGGCGCUUAUCGCACAGAAGACAGCGGCGGUCAAACAUAACGGCGGAGCCUCUGCCGAACAGCAUAGUUUGUGGAAUUCGGGCGGAAACGUUGAUGCCGUCCUCCGAACCUCCUCCAAGCACAACGACACAGUGGUGGACACGCUCCGAACACGACUCGCCCGCACUGGACAGGAGUUUCGUACCACGCUACAGCAACAAACACGGGCAAUGAAGGAAAAUACACAACGACGUCAUAUGUUUACUGCCAGUGAACGUAUGCAAACCUUUGAAAGUGCAUUGUUUCAGGAUCAGGAACGGCAUCAACUGCAGCAGCAGCAAUUGAUGUCAGGCACUAGCAAUGCACAAUACUAUAAACAACGAGCGGAAGCCGUUCGGGAGCUGGAAGCCACAGUUGUGGAGGUGAGUGAACUAUUCAAUGAUUUUUCCCGACUUGUGCACGAGCAGGAUGAAGUGGUUCUGCGAAUCGAUACAGACGUGGACAAUGCGCUGCGGCACGUCAACGCUGGAAGCAACGAGUUAAUGCGAUACUUGGCAAACCUGAGCUCAAACCGUGGUUUGAUAUUGAAAAUCUUCAGCGUCCUGUUCUUUUUCAUCUUGUUCUUUGGCCUGGUUGUUGUUCGUUAG